GUGAGAAGUUCGCAUGAUCUGAAAAGUGAAAUCGCGAUUGCGUAUGACUUAUAUCGCGAUAAAUACCGUAAUCCGAAUAUCAACUGGAUUAACUUACAUUGCCUUGCACCGCUUCCAAACUAUCUUCAGUCAGCACCCCAUCUCAGUUUUUCGAAUCUUUUUUCCGGCCAGCGCUUUUCGCUCAAACCCAUUCCAGCUCUUCUCUUUUAUCUCGCAAAUUCAUUAUCAACCAGAGCGCCUCUCAUCCCGAGCCGAAUUCCAGUCAACGCAUCCCCGAUUUUUGUUUAACUCAUGCAACCAAACCCAGCCCCGUCUACCCCAGCUGACGGAAUCCAUUUCCACAUACCUCACACAUCCUCAUAAUAUCGCGUCCAAUUCUCCACUGCACCUAUCUCGUCCAUUUUACCCGUCUCAACCUAUUUUUAUAUACCGUACUCACCCGCUCCGCCCAUCAGCACCGAAACUCGCCUACCUUUUUCAGCGCAUUUCAUCCCCGCCCCUUCAUUUACCCCACCUGCCUCAGGAACCCAGCCCACCUCUCAACUACGCCCUGCCUGUGGAAAAAGGGAGCGAAAACAAAAGAAUUGAAGAUGACUGUUUCUGCUAAUA